AUGCAUUCUGUUGUUCUUCCUCGCCGCGGAAAAGGAGUUACACCGGCGGAUGUCAGUUACCUCCGCUGCCACACAAAGGCCGGCACGGGCGAGCCGGAGGGGAUGCGCUCGACCGUAAGAUGGGCGGUCGCGCUCAUCGCGGCGAUCCUGCUGACCGUGAUCGUCGAGGUCGAGCCGUCGGAGAUCCGAUACGACCUCUCCUCGGCGAGAGGCGGGUUCCUCGGAGCUGAACAUGCCGACCGGCACCUUCGGGCCGCGGCCGCCGACGCGACGCGCGCGGAUCCGCGCGUUUACGCGUCGUCUCUGGGCGCGAACCCGGACUGGAUCAGAGACGGUGCGCUCGGGGUCGCGAUUCAUCGGUCGGGACGCGCGAGGGAAGGCGACGCCGCGGGCGGGGGCUCGGACGAGAGGUCGGGGCCGGUGCCGACGCCCGCGCCCCCAUCGCGGAUGAAACCACCGCGCGGUGAACGCGGCGACGGGGACGGGGACGGGGCGCAUCGCGCGCGCGAGAGCGCCGCGAACGUCGGCGCGAAGCGUCCCGCGAUGGGCUCGCUCGCGGACGAGCUCGCGCGCCGCGAUCCCACCGCCCGCCGCCGCCGCGAAGGAGCCUCGUUCGCGAUCGGGACGGAACGCGCCAUCCGCGUCGACCCGCCCGCGGAUGCUCGCCGACCCGGAUGGGAGCUGACGUGGCACGACGAGUUCGACGGCGAUCGCUUAGACCUCACCAAGUGGACCCCGCGAGGUAACUCGUCGGGCCUCGGGUUGGACGAACGCACGCGCGGCGGGUGGGGCGCGCAGCAGUGGUACGACCCGCGCGAGUGCGUCGUGUCGGGGGGCGCUCUCGCCAUGCGGACCCGGCGGCGUCCCAACACCUCACCGGACGACUUCUUCCACGAACCCGGCACUAGACGCACGUCCGAGGCGGAGUACCCGUUCGUCUCGUGCUGGGUGGACACGUUGGGCUCGUUCUCGCAGACGUACGGGCGCGUGGAGGUUCGAGCGCGGUUCCCCGACCAAUCGUGCCCGGGGAUCCGACCGAGGCACUGGAUGCUUCCGGACCCGAGCACGGGGUACGGCGAGGCGUGCUGGCCGCUGGGCGGGGAGAUCGACAUCGCGGGGGCGCACGGCGGGGGCAGGGGCGGGCCGGGGUCGUCGCCGAACGCGGUGGAGAGCGGGUACCGUUUCGCGCCCGGGGGCGUGUGCGGCGCGAGCUCGGAGGCGAGGGGUCGACACCGGGUUCAAAAUCUCAACCUCGACGGGGAGUUUCACGCGUUCGCCGUCGAGUGGGACAAAUCGUCCCUCCGGUACUACGUCGACGGCGUCCUCACGAACGUUCUGGACAGGCUCACCGUUCCCAUCGUGCCCAGGUGGCCGUUCUACCUGAUUUUGAACACGGAGAUGUCGCCUUUCGGCAUGCCGGACGCGAUGACGGAAUGCGACGGUGACUUUUUCCACUACGUCGACUACGUGAGGGUUUACAGGCGGGCCGAGGUGGCCGUGCACGCGAACGUGUACAGGUUCCUGUCCCUCGCGGCGAUCGGGACGCUCGUGACGCUGUCUUGCGCGGCUUGCGUCGCGCUGCGAAGGAACCUGGACGACGACGACGACGACGAGUGGGCGAGUCGCGAGGAGGAGGAACGGAUUCGGGUCAAGGGCCUCACCCCGGACAUGACCGAGCGUUACUUCGACCACGAAUCGGAGGACUACUACUCGGCCGUCGGCGGCGCGAGGCGGCGCGGGACGACCGCGCCGAAGACGGCCGGUCACGAUCGGGAGGCGAGCCGUCACGGGGAGGCGUUACGAUCGGGAUCGGGCUCGGGCUCGUCCGGAUCGGACCUCAGGCUCCUCGACGCCGGUUCGAGGCGCGAGAGGCGUCUCGGAGGAGAGGCGUCGGUCGAACGGAGACGUAACGUUCGUAACGGUCGGCGGUCGGCGGAGGAGCGCGCGCCGCUCGUCAGUGGCGUCGGGCUUCGCAUGCCGACCGACUCGACGCCCAGUCACAGCAGUCACGGCAGCGACGGGGGCGAAUACGGCGGCAACGGCGGGAAACUCCGGUGGCGCCGCGGCGGGGGGUCGACUUCGGUGUUUGGGUCCAGGCCGGCGUUCGGGCCUCCAGCCCGAGCGUCCGAAGGCAGCGUCGGGUCGGGGUCGUCGGGGGCGGGUUCGGACGACGACGCGGCGUCCUUCGCGCCAGCCGCGGUCCGAGCGAGCGCGGAGCGUGGAUGA